AUGAAACCUCCAUCAGAUACUCCAAAGUGGCGCAUGAGGCAAGUGUGGGCACUUAGUCAGCCGCCAGCAAUUAAGAAGCAAGUUUCUCGCGACUCUGUGAACUCUGAUGCCUCAUUAGAUGAAAGCUGGGUUUAUGUGGAAAGGCGAUCAUCAUCAUCUGGGGAGUCUACACAGACCCCAGCUACCGGUACUUCUUUAUUAGAUGACCAAUCCAAUACAUGGUAUCGUCGCAAUCAUCCGUCAUCACCAGAUUCAAGAAGUAAAAGAAAUCAGACCGUGCGAACUUCGCCUAGGCUAGCUCAAAGAGAUCGUCAUCAAUCCAAUACCAUUCCUCGUGAAGAUAGUAAUACUUCGCUCAAUCUCUCUCUAGCUGAGAAUAAAAAUACCAACGACGAUUACCGUAAAUCGUCCUUCGUUACAAGUUCACCAACCGAUUCUUUUAUCGAUGUUAGCACCAUAGUAGAUGAAGCUUACGCUAAUGAUACUUCUAAAGGAAGGAGUAUUAGUCGUGCAUCAACAUCAAGCAGCAUCGCGGAAAGUUUAACUACAAAUGAGACAAAGAAAUUACCAAGAAAUUCUACUUUUGGUAGUCUAGAAAGCGAAUUAGGUUAUAGUAAUAGUAAUAAAUCAACUGAGAGCAGCCUCUCAAGAAGGGAUAUGGUUAAACCGGCUGGCGUUAAAUCAAUUGAAAGUUAUGGAAUUGUAGUGGAUUUCCCAAAAUGUCCUUGCCCACCAGAUCCGGACUUGCCAGAAUUGGACCUAGAAAGUAUAACAAAUAUCGAUCUUUUACGUUAUCCUAGAGAACUGGCAAAGCAAAUAACCUUGAUCGAUCACCAUUUAUUCCGUCAAGUCACUGUUAGUGAGUGUCAUAAAAAAUUUUCAAGUGUGUCGAAAAAGAAAAGACAUUUUGAUGAGAAUAAUCCUAUCCAGGGAUUUGCUGAAAGAUUUAAUAAGUUAAGUCAGUGGGUAACUGCUUCUGUAUUAAUGGAAAAGGAUAUCGAAGUUAGAGCGCAUAUACUUUGCCAAUUUAUAUUAACGGCCAAGCAUUGCUUGCAAUUCGCAAAUUACAAUGCGGUUAUGGCAAUUGUUGUUGCCGGACUUGGAAGCAGUCCAAUUCGCCGAUUAGAAAAAACGAAAGCGCUUAUUUCGAAAGAAAUUCUGGCCGAAUAUGAUAAUAUGGAAAUUUUGAUGGAUCCUAAGAGCAAUUACAAAGAAUAUCGUGACGCUAUAAAGACAGCGCCUACUCCUGCUGUUCCUUAUUUCGGCAUCUAUUUAAAAGAUUUAACGUUCGCUACUGACGGCAAUCCAGAUUACUUGCGAGGUGGUUUAAUUAAUUUAACGAAAAGGCGUUAUAUGUAUGUCGUCCUGGAAGAGAUGAAACGAUUUCAGAAAGAAAAAUAUUUCUUCCAAUCGUGGUUAAGAAAAGGCACCGUUGGUUGUUCAUUUGUAUCCCUAUAA